AUGGUCGCCGCUGUCGGUAUCGAUCUGGGCACGACCUACUCUUGUGUAGGCGUGUACCGUGAUGACAGAAUUGAAAUCAUUGCCAACGACCAAGGCAACCGUACCACACCCUCCUUCGUCGCUUUCACCGACACGGAGCGUCUGAUCGGAGAUGCCGCCAAGAACCAAGUCGCCAUGAACCCGUCAAACACGGUCUUCGAUGCUAAGCGUCUGAUCGGCCGCAAGUUCGCCGACCAGGAGGUCCAGGCCGACAUGAAGCACUUCCCCUUCAAGGUUAUCGACAAGGGCUCUAAGCCUGUGAUCGAGGUCGAAUACAAGGGAGAGACUAAGCAGUUCACACCCGAGGAGAUUUCCUCUAUGGUGCUGAUCAAGAUGCGCGAGACUGCCGAGGCAUAUCUUGGUGGCACUGUCAACAACGCCGUCAUCACUGUCCCUGCUUACUUCAACGAUUCCCAGCGUCAAGCUACCAAGGAUGCGGGUCUCAUCUCGGGCCUGAAUGUUCUCCGAAUUAUCAACGAACCCACCGCCGCUGCCAUUGCCUACGGUCUCGACAAGAAGGUCGAGGGUGAGCGAAACGUCCUUAUCUUCGACUUGGGUGGUGGUACCUUCGAUGUCUCGCUCCUGACCAUUGAGGAGGGUAUCUUCGAGGUUAAGUCCACUGCCGGUGACACUCACUUGGGUGGUGAGGACUUCGACAACCGUCUCGUUAACCACUUUGUCAACGAGUUCAAGCGUAAACACAAGAAGGAUCUAUCCUCCAACGCACGUGCUCUCCGCCGUCUCCGCACUGCUUGCGAGCGAGCCAAGCGCACUCUUUCCUCGUCGGCUCAGACCUCAAUUGAGAUCGACUCGUUGUUCGAAGGUGUGGACUUCUACACUUCCAUCACGCGUGCCCGAUUUGAGGAGCUGUGCCAGGACCUCUUCCGAUCCACCCUCCAGCCUGUUGAUCGCGUCUUGGCCGAUGCCAAGAUUGACAAGUCCCAAGUCCACGAGAUCGUCCUGGUCGGUGGUUCCACGCGUAUUCCCCGUGUCCAGAAGCUUAUCACCGACUACUUCAACGGCAAGGAGCCCAACAAGUCCAUCAACCCCGAUGAGGCUGUUGCCUAUGGUGCUGCCGUCCAAGCUGCUAUCCUUAGUGGAGAUACUAGCUCCAAGUCGACCAACGAGAUUCUGCUUCUCGAUGUUGCGCCGCUGUCUCUCGGUAUCGAGACCGCUGGUGGCAUGAUGACCAAGCUCAUUCCCCGCAACACCACCAUCCCCACCAAGAAGUCCGAGGUUUUCUCUACCUUCUCCGACAACCAGCCCGGUGUGCUCAUUCAGGUCUACGAGGGUGAGCGUCAACGCACCAAGGACAACAACCUUAUGGGUAAAUUUGAGCUUACCGGUAUCCCGCCUGCGCCUCGUGGUGUGCCUCAAAUUGAGGUUACAUUCGAUCUUGAUGCCAACGGUAUCAUGAACGUUUCCGCUGUCGAGAAGGGCACCGGAAAGUCCAACAAGAUUGUCAUCACUAACGACAAGGGCCGCCUGUCCAAGGAGGAGAUUGAGCGCAUGCUUUCAGAGGCUGAGAAGUACAAGGAGGAGGAUGAGGCUGAGGGUCGCCGUAUCGCGGCCAAGAACGGUCUCGAGUCAUAUGCCUACUCUCUGCGAAACACUCUUGCAGACUCCAAGGUCGACGAGAAGCUUGACGCUGCCGACAAGGAGACCCUCAAGACCGAGAUUGACAAGGUCGUUGCUUGGUUGGACGAGUCCCAGCAAGCCACUCGUGAGGAGUACGAGGAGCACCAAAAGGAGUUGGAGGCUAUUGCCAACCCCAUCAUGAUGAAGUUCUACGGUUCCGCAGGCGCCCCAGGUGGUAUGCCAGGUGGCAUGCCCGGUGGCGCUGGUGGAUUCCCGGGCGCCGGUGCCGGUGGUCCCCCUGGGGCUUCGGACGAUGGCCCGACUGUCGAGGAGGUCGACUAA